UUAUAUUAGUAGUCAAAACCUUGCCAAGCAGAAGGGCAUAAAUGAAGGCAAGACAUACCGUAUGGCCUUAUCUAUUUAUGGUGAGUCAAUAUUUGUUACCAUUAUGUAAAUGAAUGAAUGAAUGAUAAUAUUCAUUCUUAUGAAAAAACUACGCAAAGAAACUUCAAUAUUCUAAGUAAUAUGUCUGGUCAACCGAAUAAUUACAUAUUUUCGAUUCUUAUAUUAUUUACAUUCAUAUGUACAAAUGUAUAUAGUGUUACUUGUCGUUAUGAUCGUCAGUUUUUCAUAAUAAAAAAAUAAUCUUUAUUGUUCGAUUUUUUUCUAAUUUAGAAAUAACAUGUCAAACUUAUUCGUACACUUGGUGCUGUGAAACUUAUCAAUAUUGUGGAAGUACUUCAGGAUCAUGUUUAUAUUAUACAACACGAGUACCUGUGCCAACACCAUCUUCAGAUUUACCACCAAGUCUUCUUACAGUCAUUAUUGUUGUUCCCAUCGUUUUUAUAGUUACAUGUUUAUCCUGCUGGAUGCAAUCGCAAAAGCAUGCUCGCUCUUCUAUGAUAGAUACAAAUAAUGAAAUAGGAUCGUAUACAUAUCACCAACAAUCUAGGCAUAGACCCGGUCGAACUUUUCAAGUUCAUCCUGUCUAUGAUGCUAAUGGUAGAUCACCAAUUCCGAGUAUAUAUGAAGAAGCACCACCAUCCUAUGAAGCUGCAAUGUCUAAUGUACCACCAAAACAUUCAUUAGUAUUAUCACCACCUAUAACAGCAACUGUUGAUCAAAACAGCAACUGUUAA